CAGUGACGCACGGCGACACACCGGCGGGCGUCCUCACACCGAGACACCGGUUCUGUUGACGGUCAUGGAUUCACCGCUGAGCCAGCCCACGCUGCUCGCGCUGUCGCUCCUCCUCCUAGCUCUGUACCUCGCCCGCCGCUCCCUGCUCGGCAAGAGGCGGAACUACCCGCCCGUGGCCGGCACCAUGCUCCACCAGCUUGUCAACUUCGGCCGCCUGGCCGAGUACCAGACGGAGCUCUCCCACAGGUACCGCACCUUCCGCAUGCUCACCCCGACCUGCAACUACGUCUACACCGUCGACCCGGCCAACGUGGAGUACAUCCUCCGCACCAACUUCGCCAACUACGGCAAGGGGACGAUGACCCACGACGUGCUGGAGGACCUCCUCGGCGACGGGAUCUUCAACGUGGACGGCGCCAUGUGGCGGCACCAGCGCAAGGUCGCGAGCUUCGAGUUCUCCACCCGGGUGCUGCGCGAGUACAGCACCGGCGUGUUCCGCGACACGGCCGCGGAGCUCGCGGGCAUCGUGGCUGUGGCGGGCGGCGGCGGGGAGAGGGCGGUGGACAUGCAGGAUCUGUUUAUGCGGUCGACGCUGGACUCGAUCUUCAAGAUCGGGUUCGGGGCCCACCUGGGCGGGCUGUCCGGGUCCAGCCAGGAGGGCGCGGCGUUCGCCAGGGCGUUCGACGACGCCAGCGAGCAGGUGCUGUACCGGUUCUUCGACCCGCUCUGGAAGGCCAAGAAGCUCCUCAACGUCUCGUCGGAGGCGGCCAUGAAGCGGUCGGUGCGCACCAUCAACGACUUCGUGUACGCCGUCAUCGACAGGAAGGUCGAGCAGAUGGGCAGGGACCAGCACGAAUUCGCCAAGAAAGAGGACAUUUUGUCCAGAUUUCUACUGGAGAGGGAGAACGACCCGGGCUGUUUCGACAACAAGUACCUGCGGGACAUCAUACUCAACUUCGUGAUCGCCGGCCGCGACACCUCGGCGGGGACGAUGUCGUGGUUCCUCUACGUGCUGUGCCGUAACCCGCACAUCCAGGACAAGAUCGCCGGAGAGGUGCGCGAGGCCACCACCGGCGACCGGGACGUCGGCGUCCAGGAGUUCACGGCGUGCCUGACCGAGGGAGCCAUCAACAGUAUGCACUACCUCCACGCCGCGCUGACAGAGACGCUCCGGCUCUACCCUGCGGUGCCUAUCGAUGUCAAGUACUGCUUCUCCGAUGACACCUUGCCGGACGGGCACGCCGUGAGGAAAGGGGACAUGGUGAACUACCAGCCGUACCCGAUGGGCAGGAUGAAGUUCCUGUGGGGCGACGACGCCGACGAGUUCAGGCCGGAGAGGUGGCUCGACGACGACGGUGUGUUCGUCCCCGAGAGCCCGUUCAAGUUCACGGCUUUCCAGGCGGGUCCUCGAAUCUGCCUGGGAAAGGAGUUUGCGUACAGGCAGAUGAAGAUAUUUGCAGCUCUUCUUCUCUACAUGUUCAGGUUUGAGAUGUGGGAGCGCGACUCCACCGUAGGGUACAGGCCCAUGCUUACGCUCAAAAUGGAUCGCCCGCUCUACGUUCGUGCGCUUCCCCGGCGAUCAAGUGCACAACGUGACUGAUGAAACCAAAAUCUGAAAUGUCCCAAUACUUUGCACAUAUGUCUCGGUGCUUCAUUCUGUUUAAGUAGAUUCGAUAAUAUCAUCUGUAUAUAUGAAGAUGUCCGAAGAUGUCUCGUUCUGUGUCAUAUGCGCAUUCGAUAAUAUCAUCUGUAUAUAUGAAGAUGUCCGAAGAUGUCUCGUUCUGUGUCAUAUGUCUCGUUCUCGCAGGUACUUGUAAUCACACUUGUAUGUCAUAUGCGCC